GGAAUCUCCAAGCCAGCGGUCGAACCAAAACAGGGUCGAGGACCCGGAACCCACCGAGAUGGAAGUGCCAAUCCGGAGCACGGGGAGGAGCUGAAUCACCGCCUGCCAGAACUGGGAUCCCCCAGAGCGCUGGCAGAAAGCAAGAGGUUGUCCUCGGAGGUACUUAUUCUGAAUGAUGGUAAGCCAGAGGCCGCCCUCCCCGUUGGCAAUACGCCAUAGCCAUCGGGACAGGAGAGCAAUGUUCAUGCGACGGGAGGAUAAGAUCCCCAGACCUCCCUGGUCCUUGGGUUUGCAAAUGUCCGGCCAGCUCACUAUAUGGUAUUUUUGCUUGUCCCCCUCGCCAGCCCAGUAAAAUCUGGACUGAUAUUUGGCCACCUCCUGGUGAAGCGUCUCAUGGAGUCUAUAGAAGCUCAUGAGGAACCAGAGAAGGCUAGCCAGCGAGGAGUUGAUGAGGAUUACCCGCGCCGCCUUCGAGAGCCACCGGCGAAGGAAAAUCAUCCGUUGAGCCGUCCAAUGCCAAGUUCUCAAGCGGAAGGAGAACAUCCGUCAAGCCGUCCAUCGCCUGAGCCGACUACACCAGAGGUGCUAAAGGCGUCCGAUCCAACUCAGGUGGAGGCCAAGGAGGUUCGGCUCUCGGACAUUGCACCAAUAACGCUGGAUGAUACCGACGUGCGGACUGUAAGUUUCAUAUAUUCAGAUUGGGGCAUGUCUUCCUGUUAUUUUGCCGUCAAAGCUGAAAAAGAGUGAUGCUAAUUCGCUAAAGGUCGAUGUGGUCAUGAUGCAUAUCAUGGUUCUCUGACCUUGGAUCAAUUUACCCUUCAUUUACAUGAUAUAUUGCUAGGAAAGAGACACUGGGCUCCAUAUUAUCAUUAUCAUAUAUGCUAGACUAGAGGUGGUGGUCACUGGUGAGGUGAAGUGGCAAUUUAUGCAGUAACAUCCCAACUGUAAACUGACUAUGAUGUACUACCUCUGUUUCAACAGAUUUCAGCAAUAGUGCUUCUAUCA